AUGCAAAGUGAUUAUCAUCGCGAACACAAUGUCGAUCCAAACGAGGAGCCAAGACCAAGAUAUACUAUUUAUGAAAUGCUCAGUGAGUUUUUUCUUCAAGAUUUAAUAUUUGUAGCACUUAUUAUAACUACAUUUUAGGUAUGUCUGCUGAGCAAAUUGAAGGAUUAAGACAAAAUGAGAUUAUUGGGAUUUUUGAAGCAUUGGGAUUGCCGUCAGGGUUUGUAACUUUAUCAAUAGUAAAAGUUCAGAUUUCAACUCGAAAUUAAUAAUUUUUCAGAAAUCAGAAAAACUCAUCAAUGAAAGAAUUCGAAAAAUUCAAAAAACAUGACUGCGGAGAGAUUUUGGAUGAGCAAGGUAAGUUGUGAAGAAGCUCUGGUUAAUAAUAGCCUAUUCUUUUCAGCGCAAUGUACAAUUUGUCUAGAUGUUGUUGCUCGACCACACGAAGAUCAAUCUGAUGCAGAAUUGGCUAGAGUUAUUGUCAAAACACCGUGCAAUCAUUAUUAUCAUUACAAAUGUGCGAAAAUGUGGUAUGAGCAGGUAAACCUUGUUAUUUUUUGAAAAUAAAAUCGCACUAAACAAAUAAUUUUCAGAGUAAAUCAUGUCCACAUUGCCGAACUGAAAUAAAAUCAGACAGAGAACUUGAAGAUGAAAUUCGCCAAGCAAAUCUCGACGAGCUUCACGAUUCAAUGUUCUCCUAA